AUGCCGUCCAAAGCCGGCUUCCUCGAACAUCCCAUUCGGUCCCUCAUAACCUGCUUUGUUUCCUGGAAAACUCUGCUGCUUCUAAUCGCCACUUGCAGUCCAGGCCAAGGUUAUGACACCUCCACCAGUCUCCUCCUUUCAAGCCACGACCCCACCGGCGCUCCGCCUCUGCCAGUAGCCCUUCACUACUUGGUCAGCAAGCUAACAAGAUGGGAUGCCAUCUAUUAUGUCCGGGUUGCAAAUCGAGGCUAUUUGUUUGAGCAGGAGUGGGCCUUUGGCUGGGGUUUCACCAGCUUAAUAAACCUCUGCACUGCAAUUCUCCUGAAAGCGGGAAUCCCUCAUUAUCAUGGAUUGGAGGGCCUGGUGGCAGUGUGCAUUGCCCACACAGCACAUCUUCUCUCGGUGCUUGUCUUGUUCAAACUCACUGCAGCUGUUUUCCCCAGCUCAUCAUCUACCCCAGGACUGGCGCUGACAGCGUCCCUUCUGCAUAUCAUAUCUCCCGCUGGCCUCUUUCUUUCAUCUCCUUUUGCGGAGAGCUCGUGUGCUCUCCUUAGCUUCUUAGGUUGCUAUCUUUUUACGAAGAGCGUAAGGUCUGGGGGACAGCCCACCAUUGGUCACGACCUGCUUGUCUUCGCCUCCGGUGUAGUGUUCGGUCUUGCCACGACACUUCGAAGUAACGGGAUUUUCAAUGGCCUUCUAUUACUCGAGGAGGCCUUACGGAACCUGUUCUACUUUAGGAGUGGUCCUCCUUUAGUGAAAAUCCGUCGCCUUGUUGCCACAGGGUUGGGCGGAUUGUGUGUUGGAGCUGGCUUUCUGUUACCACAGUACAUCGCUUAUAGUGAGUAUUGCACCCAGACUAGCGUCCAGUCGAGACCGUGGUGUGAAAAAACUUUGCCAAGCAUUUAUACGUUUGUUCAAGAGCAUUAUUGGAACGUUGGUCCGUUUCGCUAUUGGACCCUGUCAAAUGUGCCACUAUUCCUUCUCGCCACUCCAAUGCUUCUGAUCAUGACGAUUUCGGGAGUCUGGGCUCUAAGCUAUGAGAGUGCUAUUACACCUGGGAGUCUCAGGGCCAAGAAAGCCCCCUCGGCAGGGCCUGAAGCUGAAGCAUUCCCCGUGCUUCGCAACCUAGCCGUCACGCAAAUUCUGUUGACUCUACUUACCUUUACUACCGCUCAUGUGCAAAUCAUUACAAGGAUCUCCUCCGCAUAUCCAAUUUGGAUGUGGUUCCUUGCUAUGUCAUUCAGAAAGGGGAAUUCUUCAUACGCGAAUUCUGCGGUGAGAAUUAUCGUCAUGUAUGGCAUCAUCCAAGCAGGGCUUCUUGCUUCGUUUCUUCCGCCGGCAUGA